AUGUCCCUCUUCAAACGAAAAUGCUCGGGCUCCAAGCAGGAGUGUGAAAAGCCUGCCGAUUCGAAUGAUGCACUUGAGAUCGCGCUGGGCGUGUGUAUUCCUGUGGUGGUAGUUGUGAUCGUCAUAGCUAUCGUGCUAUUCAAAGUUCGUCGGAGGGCGAAGCGGGAGGAUGCCGAAGAUAACGAUCCCGAUUUCGAUGGCGACAACACAGUUCUGCCCGACUAUCCAGACAAGGCUGAAUAUUAUUCCAGAGAUAACCCUUUUGAGACGAAUUCGGCAUUGCGGUAUCCAGCUGGCGCUAUUGAGAGCAAGGAUCUCCAUUACCAGUCCAAUAACACCAAAAUGUAUUCGCAUUACAACUCUUCGACAUUGAAUGCUUAUGGCCAGCAUGUCGACUCGUUUGUUUUGCCAUAUACACAUGAUGUGGGCUCCAAACAGUCUUUGGACAAUCUGGCGCGUGCACUUGGUUCUGAUUAUCAGGGCUACCGCGUUGCCUCUCAGUCAAUUGAUAUCGGAUCACGCACCUCGAGCUUUACCUCAAGACCACUGACAGGCUACGAGCGGUCCGUGCUCUCUGGAGAGAAUGUAUCAGCCACCAGGUUAGCUCCCCUUGAAACUGAGGAAAAGUCUCCAUUCACGUCCAGUUCGGAAGGGGAUGCUGAUGAAAAAACAGAGAAAGAAGAGAAUUUUGAUGAGGAGAUGGAUGGUCAGAGAACCAUAGGCCAGGGAUUCACACACGUUUCCCCACAGAGGCAAGCUGGAGUUGGGUAUGAAUCACCAGAGAGAGGGUCACCAGAAAGAGGGUCACCAGAAAGAGGGUCACCACAGAGACAGUCUCCUGAAAGACAAUCUCCUGCGUAUGACCAAUCACCUGUCAGACAGUCACCUCUGAAGUAUCAAUCGGCAGUGGGAUAUGAGUCAGCGGGAGACCAUGACAAUGAGCUAGACAAUGAGUUCGAGGAAAAGAAUUUUGAAGAUCAGAACAAUGACUAUAACUAUCAAUCUGAAGUUUACCAAUCUCCCACCAAAAGCUCAAGGUCGCUCAACCAGUCACCGGCCAAAACUUCUCACUCGGUUCAGCCUUCUUCUGGCUCCAUCCAGCCUUCACCAGCUAAAACUGCAUAUUCCAUAAUGCCUUCUCAUCACGGAAACGACCCGGAAGAGGCCGAUGUGCCAGACCUCCACGACGUGAUUGAGGAGGACAACGUUCCUUUGACUGCAGAAGAGGAUGAGCAGAUCCAGAGAAUGAAGUCCGUCUACAAGGUGUAUUUCUCCAGGGAAAACUCCAUCAAAUCCAAAAAGAGCAUGCUCGAGGAAGCUGGGUUCGACAACUCCAACAUGCCUCCAUUGCCAGCUGUGAGUUCGGCUGCAGCGGUGGCUCCGGUUCGUGAAAAGCCUAACCUCAAGGUUGACACGGACUACAGAGCCAGCUAUGCGUCCUCCGUUUACACCGAGAACCCAGCUCCGUACCAGCAAUCCACGCAUCCCCAAUACCCUCACCAGCAAAUCCAGAACAUGCUUACCGCCCAGGAGCAGGAACGUCAAAGGGCCUAUGCCGAGUACAAUGCAAGAAGCCGCGGACCUCCGCCACAGCAACCAUACGUGAUUGCGCCGUCCAAGCCACGCAAACGUAUGGAAGCCAUUCCUUCACCUCACAGCCUGGAAAACCGCAAAUCCUCUUUGCUGACGUUCACGGAGUUCCAACCCAAUCGCAAAUACUCCGACAAGCAGCAUUCCUCGCCAUUGCUGAACCAGAAAGAUGUGGCGGCUUUCAACCCAAUUGACAACGAUUACUGGUCGCCUACGUCGCCUCAGACGGGUUCUAUGCCACUUCCUAACGGCCAGCAACAUCAACAGCAGCAGCAACUGGCACCACACCAUUUCCGCAACUCGGUGGUGAUGACGAAUCCAGUGGAAAUAACCAAGACCAAGUCCUAUAGACCUGCUGGAUCAUUUACCACAGCAAUGGAUCAAUCACGCAGUGUUCCAGGCUCGAUUCCUGGGUCCCCAAGUGUCUCCAGUGGGAUGUUUUCACCCAAUGUCGGAUACAAGGAGCAUUUCGAUGACUACCAGCCUCCAACUGCAUACACCCACGGAGCUCAGAACUUGGUGACGAGGAGCGGAAGUCAGCAGGAUUUGCGGAAGUACAUUGACAAUGCAAACAUAUAA